CCCGCUACAAUCAUUCCCGGUUGUUUCACAACCAACUCUUCACUCCUGGGUUCUGGGAUUGAUGGCUCAACUACUCUCUUCCGUCUGCACAGAUGCUCUCAAAUUCCAGAACCCAUCAAAGUUUUCUUAUUCGGGAAACAGAGGACGCUCGUUAGCGAAGAAGAGCAGCCCGUCGACGGCUGUUGCUGGCCGGAGACCAUGCUAUAAGAUCAAGGCUACAGUCAACAAUGACUUCACGUCGCAGGAGGAGGUUGCCGAUGAUUACUACGCCGUUUUAGGCCUGCUGCCUGAUGCAAAACCGGCACAGAUUAAGAAGGCUUACUAUAAUUGCAUGAAAGCUUGCCAUCCAGACUUGAGUGGCAAUGAUCCAGAGACCACAAACUUCUGCAUGUUCAUCAAUGAGGUUUAUGCGGUACUUAGUGAUCCUGUUCAACGCAUGGUUUAUGAUGAAAUCCAUGGGUAUGCAUUGACUGCAAUUAACCCUUUCAUGGAUGAUUCAAACCCAAAGGAUCAUGCAUUUGUUGAUGAGUUUUGUUGCAUAGGCUGUAAAAAUUGUGCCAAUAUAGCACCAGAUGUAUUUGAAAUUGAGGAAGAUUUUGGUAGAGCUAGAGUCUGUAGCCAAUCUGGAAACCCAGAAUUAGUUCAAGAAGCCAUUGAUAGUUGCCCUGUUGAUUGUAUUCAUUGGACCUCUGCUGCACAACUAUCUCUUCUUGAAGAUGAAAUGCGCAGGGUAGAAAGAGUAAAUGUUGCACUGAUGCUUUCAGGAAUGGGAGCUUCAUCAGUUGACGUUUUCAGAAUGGCGAGCACUCGAUGGGAAAAGCGACAAUCAAAAGUAUUGGAAAGAGCUAAAUUGAGAAUGAUGAAGCAAAAGGAUUCUGACAAACCUAGAUCAUACUGGAAUGACCUUUGGGGGAAGCCAAAAGACUACCAAAAUACAGACGAAGUGAAAGAGAGGGCAAAGAGAGCUGCUGCUGCUGCUCGAAGAUGGAGGGAGUACUCAAGAAAGGGUGCUGAUAGGCCUCCCACUUUCAAGCUUCCUGAGGCAAUCUCCAACAGCAAGGAAUGAAAAGCUAAUUGUAUACACUUACACUUUUCUGAGUCCCCACAUAAUUGAUUUCUGUAAAGCUAAUUAUCGCUAGAAUCCUUUGUAAUUAAUCUACUCAGGUAAUUCAUGUAAAUCCACGUCUAAUCAUGUAAAAUACUGUCUAUUCUUGUAACUAGGAACCUU